AAUCUAACCUUUCUACGUUGAUAAUAUUGCUAUUGGUGCAUACCGUGCAAUGGAGAAAGGCAUCUUCGUUAGUUGCUCUGCUGGAAAUAAAGGCCCUUCAACUGAGUCUUUGGCUAACGAGGCCCCGCGGGUUCUCACUCUUGGGGCAAGCACCAUAGACAGAAAGAUAAGGGCCAGUGCUUUGCUUGGAAAUCAUGAGGUUUUAGAGGGAGAAUCAGCUUUCCAACCUGUGGACUUCCCUUCAACCUUGUUACCUCUAGUUUAUCCUGGAUCUGCGGCUGCAUAUUGUAGCUCAGAAUCAUUAAACAGCGUUGAUGUCAAAGGACUAGUGCUAUGUCAGACAGGUGAGAUAUCAGCAAUUACCGGAGGGCGAAAUGUGAAGGCUGCUGGUGAUGCUGCAACGAUCAUCAUGAACCAGGAGCAUGAGGGUUAUACAACAUCAGCCGAAGCUCAUGUUCUACCUGCAACAGAUGUGAGUUAUGCUGAUGCAGUCAAGAUAAUGGCUUACACGAGCUCUACAAACUCGCCCACAGCAACAAUAUUCUUCAACGGAACUGCCAUUGGAGAUUUUCAUGCUCCAGUGGUUGCUUCAUUUUCUUCUAGAGGGCCAAAUCAGGCAAGCCCUGGCAUUCUCAAACCAGACAUCAUAGGUCCUGGGGUAAACAUCCUUGCAGCAUGGCAUAAAUCUGUGGAUAACAACACAAAUACAAAAGCGACGUUCAACAUAAUCUCUGGCACUUCAAUGUCUUGUCCUCAUCUUAGAGGUUUCACAGUUUUGCUCAAGAGUGAACACCCUGAUUGGUCUCCUGCUGCCAUUAAAUCUGCAAUUGUGACAACGGCUAAUAGCCUGAACCUUGAAACCCAACCUAUUGAGGAUCAGACGCUCCAACCUGGGAAUGUCUUCGCCACUGGUGCAGGCCAUGUGAACCCAUCGGCGGCAAACAAUCCAGGACUAGUCUACGACAUUGAAACUAAUGACUACAUACCGUAUUUAUGCGGGCUAUAUAACAAUGACACAGCUGUUAGGCUCAUUCUGCAACGUCCAGCGAGUUUGCUCAGCGGAACAAGUAUCCCCGAGGCACAACUAAAUUAUCCUUCUUUUUCCAUCAUUCUGGGAUCAAAUUUAGAGAGAUAUACAAGGACAGUGACCAAUGUUGGUGAGGCUAAUUCAUCUUACACAGUCCAGAUCGCCCCACCAGCUGGUGUAGAUGUGAUUGUGGAACCAAGCACACUCAACUUCUCAGGGUUGAACCAGAAAAUCACGUACACAGUUACAUUCGCCCGAUUGGCAAAUUCUGGCAGUGCUGGCUAUUCUCAACGAAUUCUUACAUGGAAUUCAGACAAACACUCUGUUAGGAGUCUAAUUUCAGUGAUUCUAAAUUCUAUGUAA